UUUUCCGCCAAAAAGGAGAUAAAAAGAGCCCGACCAUUCUCAAAUGAAGAAGCUUUUUGGAGCCAGCAACAAAUUCCUCUACCCAGCUCUCAAAAUCCAUUUCGAAAACCCUGAAUUCCCUAAUAUUCUCAUUCCCAUUUCUUAUAUCCACAACUUCACCAAAACCCUACGUCCCAAUUCAAAGUUGGAUGUCGUUUUCGAUGAGCUUGAUGAGCUCCAAUCUUCAAAAUCCAUGCCCCAUGGUGCCCAAUCAUCGUCAGGAAUCGACGUGCCGUUUGAUCAGAGGAGACCCACGAAUCGAAAUGAAUCAACGGUCCAGAUUUCACAUCCGUGGCAGGAGUGGGUGGAUUUGAUGGAAUUCUUGUUGAAGAGAGGCUACUUCGAUGGAGAUGGAAACCCUUUCGAAAAUGGUGAAUUGGGUUCGAAAGAAGCGAAUAGUAUCCGCACUGCGUGCCUUAAUUUUGCUAGGGAUCGCUUUAGUCUUAUAAGGUAUUUCUCAAGGAAAGAUAUUCUGGUCAUUGCAGGAUGUGGAUGCCCAAGCCUCGAUAGGAAAGUUGUCAACUCCGGGAAGCGCCUAAGAGCUUAUGUGGGCAUUAAUGAAGGAAAUGUUUGCAGCUCCUGCAAUUUGAGAGGCAACUGUGACAGGGCGUAUGUAAAGGCACGUGAAGAUGAAGGUGGGAGGACUGUGGAUGUGAUGCGCAUUUUGUUGACAUAUGGCCUUGACUCCAUCACCGGUUCUGUGGAGAACAAGCCAUGCCAAAAUAAAUUAGUUAAAGAAUCAGUACGAAGACUUUUGAAAGAAAUGGUGGAUUAUAGCACCCAGGAUUUACAAUCUGAUAUGCCAAAUGCUGCACCAUCAAGGGGGGAUGUUUGGCUACAACAUCAUUCAAGUACACAAGGACACAUAAAAGUUCCAAUGAAGCAAGGCGAUUGGCUUUGCCCCAGAUGCAACUUCCUAAAUUUUGCAAGAAAUAUAAAGUGCUUGCACUGUGAUGGUUUGUAUGAAGAACGACUGAGGCAGCUAAGAGAGGGUCAGGAUAAUUUACCAUUGAAGAAGGGAGACUGGAUAUGUGACAGAUGCAACUUCUUGAAUUUUGCAAAGAAUACAAGAUGCCUGCAAUGCAAAGAGAAGCCUCCAAAACGGCAUCUCAACCCUGGGGAAUGGGAAUGUGAAUCGUGCAACUAUAUUAACUUUAGAAGAAAUAUGGUGUGCUUGAAAUGUGACCACAAACGGCCAAAGGUACCAAUUGCUUCAAACAGAUCCACUGAAUUUGAACGUGACCAUGGAGACUGUAUCAACCAUGAUGGGUCAAGAUUCCACAGUGGUGGAUGUGAAGGCAACAUUGGUAAAUCUUCAGGACAAUACAGAAAGCAAAGCAAAGGUGCAGAUAUCUGGAGGUUUGUACAUGAAGAGAAUGAAGAUCAAGAAUGCUUAGAUUCAAGGACCGAGAAUUCAAAGUUCAUUGAUUUUCCCAUUACUGGGGGUAAGACUACUCUGUCACAUAAUACAGAAGUGAAAGAGAAGUGGAAGUUGGAUACGUUAGAGAGGAGCAGGAGUCCCACAAGUAUGAUAGAAAAUGAUGAAUCUAAGUGCACUGACAGCCAGAGAAAGUUGGAAUUGCUUGAAUCUUCUGAUGAUGAAGAGAUGGCUGGGUGGUUUAUGCGUAAAUAGAAAGGGCAGCUUAAAAGGGUUACUUACUUGAAGAGCAAAAAAAGAAAGGUUACUUUAUACCUGAACGUAAAAAUGGUUAGAACCGAUCAAGAUGAAUGUUUUAUUUUCCAAAAGCAUAUUGAUGUUAUUUAUGUAUUACAACGUCAACCAUUUCUUAAUGUUAAAUUAAUCAUUCAUUAUUAAAAUAAAAACCCAUUUUUCCAACUA